AGCCGCGGCGGGAGAGGAGCGGCGGCCCGGAGCGGCCCGGCGGGCAUGGGUUGGAAUUGGAGCCUAUCGCCCCACCUGAUUGCAACCAGCAUCAUGUGGUUGCCAACUGUUCUUCAUUCAUCAAUUGAUGCCGCCCAGAAAAAAACGCCACCAACGAUCCCAGAAAGCCCCGCUGCUAUUCCAGCAACAACCACUGGAGGGCCCCAAACACCGCUCUGGAUCCCCACAGCGCCCCAUCACCCGCACUAGACGGGUGCCCAGUAAGCCCAUUGACCACAACACCAUCACUUCCUGGGUAUUGCCUCAGUUUGACGUGACAGCAGAAAGCUGGUACCCAGUCAACCAGAAACGUCAUCACCGAGACCAUGCAAGACCGAUUCGAAAAUCUGCCACUGCCAAGUUUCCCCACCUAACCUUUGAGACUCCACAGUCUUCUAGUUCUGUGACACUGGGGAUCCCCUUAAUCAAGGAAUGCCCCAAACAACUGGAAAAGGACAUUUCUGUAAGGCCCCUGGUUCCUAUGCUCAGUCCCCAAAGCAGUGGGGAACUGUCAAUGCAUACACUUCAAAGCCCAGCUUAUAUUUUCAUUCCACCUGAUAUCCAGACCGCAGAGUCAUCUAUGAAAGAAGAAUCCAUUCAUUCAGAUCAGAGGAAAAACACCCUUCCAAGCUGCUCGGUUUACACUAGUACUCCCAAGAGUGCAGGGCCUGGGCCUGCUCUGGUUAAAGACACUCCUGAAGAGAAGUAUGGCAUAAAGGUCACCUGGAGGAGACGGAAACACCUGUUUGCGUACCUCAAGGAGAGGGGGAAGCUGAACAAAAGCCAGUUCCUUGUGAAGAACUGACUUGAUUUCUCAGACAUCAGCCUCUCUCUUUAUUAAGAAACUCAAGAAAUUGCUGGUUUUCAUAGAGUUGCUAAAGUCAGUUUUCUGGCUCACAGGAGAGUACAUCAAUAGAAUAAAAUGGAAAGAACACCAAAUAAAAAAGGUACUUUUAACUAGAGCCCUGGAGCUUAAAGGGAAUUGAAUUCCCUGAUUUGCUUUUUAAAAUACCUCAUGUCAUAAACAGUUGGGUUUAGUGCUAUAAACAGUUCACUUCAUAUUUUUCUUGUAUUAACUGUUUAAAAUUUUUAAAUUUCUUUUAACUUUAAAAUCUAUGUAAAUAAAUGG